AUGUUCAAUGAAAGGAACUUAUUCUGUACAAAGGAAGAAGGGCUUGUAGACUAUUUACUUAAGUUAAAUCCUGCUGAAUUUUACUGUACGCAUGCUGGAAGAAUUGUACAAGAUGCAAUAACAUUUGUAGAAAAUAACAAGGAACAUGAUGUAUUUUUCAAUAUUCAUAAUCGAUUAUUGGGAGGAAAAGGAGGUUUUGGUUCGCUGCUCAGAUCUUUCCGUGUAAAUAAAAGUACAAAUCAGUUGAUGUGUAGAGAUCUAAAUGGAAGGCGGUUAGCUUCAAUUGAUGAGGAACGCAAGUUGCGAAAAUGGGUUGAGAAAGCUGCACAAAGAGAAAAGGAUAAGCAAGAAAAGAGGAAAAUAAAGUACGAGCGUUUGAAGAACGGCCCUGCCAAGCAUGAUUUUAACGAUCCAGAGUAUAUUCGUAAACGAGAAGAUAUACUCGAAAGUACUGAAGAUGCAUUUGAACAAGGUUUUGCUCAGUUCAAAAAAAAGAAAGUUGUUGAGGAGAAAGCAGAAGAAUCUUCAGAAGAUUCUGAUAUUGAUUUUGAUGAUUUCAUCCAGCUGAGAAAGAAUCAGAAAAGAAAGAUGGCUUCAGAUGACUCGGGUUCAAAAAAGAAAAAAGCUAGAAAAGAUGAUGAUGAUGAUGACUCUUCCGAUGACGAUGAAGAUGAAAAUGAGAACGGCGCGGAAAUACUCGAAGGUCUUCAGAAAUAUUUCCAAGCUAAAGGCGCUUCAACAUCAAAAGAUGCAAAAUCUGUAAGCAUUAAAAAUGAACCUGAAGCUUUGAAACCAGCAGCAAAUGAGGCAAAAAAGAAUUUAAAAAAUCAAGCUAAAGAGGAAAAAGAGUUUGAACCAGUGGUCUUAGAAAAUUACAAAUCUUGUGAAGAAUUGAAUGAAUUGGGCUUGGAUUGGCUGAGACAUGCUUUGAUAGCGCGUGGUUUGAAAUGUGGUGGAACUCUAGAAGAGCGGGCUAAACGCUUGUUUUCUGUGAAGGACUUGAAACCAGAAAAAUAUCCGAAAAGUAUUUUAGCAGGCAAGAAACGCCAGAUGGUCAAACAAGUUGCGAAAAGCAAAGUUGCUGGUAAUGCCGCCGCAGGAGUUAAAGAGCAACCUGCAAAGAAGGCUGUUCCUGAAGCCAUUCCCGCUAAGAAGACUGAUUUAAAAAAGAACAAGAGUCCAAAUAUGAAGAAGAGGAUUGGAAGAGGUCGAGCAAGUCCAGGAAAGAAGAACGUCAAAGACGAUAAGGACGAUCUCAAGGAUGAGGUUAAACAUUUGACUGAAUUCACUAAAGAGGAUGCUGAUAGAGUGCAAAUUAUUAAAGAUCAAUCAUGCUCAGCUCUUGCCGCCAUGAGAAAAUACUUGGCCCAAGCUGGAGGAAAAUCUUUGUUCCCAGACAUUGACCACGCUCUCCAACUUAUGUUUGUUUAUAAGAAACCUGCAAUGUGCACUGCGCAAUCCAGACAUAGAAUAGUUCUUCCAAAAUCACACAAAUCUCUUGCUAAUACUUCGGUCUGUUUGAUCAUGCCAGAUUUGGAUAAGUCUGAUAAGGCUAAGGUUCAUCAUGAUGUAGACAAACAAUCUAGAGAAUGGGCUGAAAAAAUUGAAGAAGAGCAUGGAGUUACUAAAGCUCAAAUUGCCAAGAUUUUAACGAAAACUGAGUUACAACGCACCGCUCACACAUUCAAAGAUUUGAGAAAUUUGGCAUCGUCCUACGAUCUUUUCCUAGCUGAUGCUCGAGUAGGAAAAACUGUAUGCACUAUUCUUGGAAAAGAAUUCAGAAAAGUUCACAAGAAACCAUACUACAUCGAUUACGGAAAGCCAUUGUCUACUACCAUCCAAACACUCAUCCAGUCCGUAAAUUAUCCUUUAGAAAAAUUCAUGACCAGAGCUUCUGUCCCAAUUGGACAUCUUGGGCAAGAAUCUGACGACAUAUUGGCCAAUGUUGCUGCUGUUCUUGAUGAAGGAUUGAAGGUUGCCCCAGGAGGGCUUCGGAAUAUCAGAGGAAUUUAUCUCCAAACUGCUACUUCAAAGCCCAGUCUUCCAAUUUAUGCUGACGAUGGAUCAAGUAAUGAUAUCACUUUGAAGGUUGAAAAACCAGAGCAGAGACGUGAAAACCAAAAGAUAGUCGAUGAAUGCAGUACUUUGCCUGAUGGACUUAAGCUUGAAAUCCGUAAAAGCGGAAAGCUCAGAGUUAUCAGGGAAGCUGAUAACAAGGCAGUGUUAUUCCCUACUGUUCAUGAUGAAUGGGAUGAAAAUGAUAUGCCAAAUACUAAACCUAACAUUGAUCCUGCUAAACUCAAAAAGAAGAGACUUUUGAAGAAGAAGCAAUUUGAGAAGAGAAAGUUAGAAGCUGCGCAACUGAAGGGUACAAAGAAACAGAAGAAAGAGUAA